CUUAUUUCUCUUCGUAAAUAUUCAGUUAUUAAUUACAUUUAACAAACAAAAUAGUCUACGAUUGAAAAUAUUAUGCCAAAAGGUAAAAAUACUGGCUUUAAACGGCCAAUUAUUAAUAUAUCGAAUAUAACGUUGGCCAUUAAGGAUAUCGAAAAUGGAAUGACUAUAGAAACUGCUGCUAAAAAACAUACAAUUGCCAAAACAACCUUGUGGAGGCACUAUAAAAGACACCAAUUGUCUACGCAACAGCAGCAACAACAACAACAAACGUGUGUUUACGUUAAAAACCUUGUAAGCAACAGUAACCAUAACAAACAAAUAUUUACUGAUGAGGAGGAAAUCUUUUUGGCGGAAUAUAUUAAAACAUUAGCAAAAUUGCAAUAUGAACUGGAUGGAAAUGAUAUAAGAAAAUUUGUAUUUCUUAUUGCACAGAGGAAUAAUAAAAUAAUGCCAAAAAGUUGGUUAGAACAUGAGUUAGCGGAUACGGAAUGGUUGAGAGAAUUUGUUAAACGUCAUCCCAGUACACCAGCUUUGGUAAAAACAAAUGACAAAACAAUAUCAACUUCAAAUAAUUACCAACCCAAAAUGGAUUUUAAUGUUAUACCUAAUAAUUUAAUUGAUUCAAUAUCAUUAUAUCUUUUCACGCAAAUCUAUCAUCUAAUGAAAGUAACAAAUGCUGUUACAGAAAAAACUGCAAACGAAAAUAAAUAGUUGAUCUAAAGUCCAUUUUACGAAGAAGUUGGAACAAAAUGCCAGAAAGUCUUUAGGAAUUAGACAAGCGUUUAGAAAAACUUUAGUUUCGCCAGAGACAAGUACAAAAUUUAAACUGCCCGAGGCCAAAUCAGUUACUACUAUAGUAGUCAUCAGAAAUGUAAAUUUUUGAAAAGAAAAGUAUCUACUCAUUAAAAAUAUUGUAAAAAAGAAAUCUUAAAAUGUAAUAGAAAGGAGUAAUGUAAACAUUUAAAUAAAAGGUACUAAAUUUUGAAAUGCA